CGCGGGGCCCAGCAGCCUUCCUAAAUUUUCUUGCGAGCCUCGAGAAAGGCUGAGCGCAACAUCCCACCAGACGUCACCAUGAGCAAAUUCGGAGCACUCAUUAUGGGCCCAGCGGGCGCGGGCAAGACAACCUUCUGCUCGGCCCUCAUAAACCACCUCCGCAACAACCGCCGAUCCUGCUUCUACGUGAACCUCGACCCCGCAGCUGAAGAGUUCGUACACGAGCCCGAUCUCGAUAUCAAGGAUCUCAUCUCGCUGGAGGAUGUCAUGGAAGAAAUGGGCCUUGGGCCCAACGGGGGCUUGAUCUACUGCUUCGAGUUCCUCCUCGAGAACCUCGACUUCCUCACCGAAGCCUUGGACCCUUUGACCGAGGAGUAUCUCAUAAUAAUCGACAUGCCUGGACAAAUCGAACUCUACACGCAUAUCCCCAUAUUACCCACUCUAGUGAAACACCUGACCAGAACAGGAGCCUUAGAUAUCAAUCUAUGCGCGGCGUAUCUGCUAGAAGCGACAUUUGUGGUGGACAAGGCAAAGUUCUUUGCAGGAACGCUGAGUGCUAUGAGUGCUAUGAUUAUGUUGGAGGUGCCGCAUGUCAACAUUUUGUCCAAGAUGGAUUUAGUCAAGGGACAAAUAGGGAAGAGGGAAUUAAAACGCUUUCUGGAUCCUGAUGAGACGCUUCUGGAUGAUGAAGCCGAGGAGGCGGGCGAGGAGGAUGAUGGAUCAGGAGCUCCUCGAGACACACAGUCGGUGAUGCGGGGAAGCAGCUUCAAGAAACUGAAUAAAGCGGUUGCGGGGCUGAUCGAUAGCUUCAGUAUGGUCUCCUACCUAAAGUUGGAUGUACAGGACGAGGACAGUGUCGGUGCAGUCCUGAGCUACAUCGAUGAAUCCAUUCAAUACCACGAGGCUCAAGAACCCAAGGAUCCACUCGAUGAGACGAACAUGGACGAGGAGGCGGAAUGA